AUGGUUGCAGCUCUAUUCCUGCGCGCCUCCCAUUCAACGGUGCGGCCGAUUGCUCUACAGUCAGGCCAAGCUGCUGUAAAUCGUUUGGGGUGUCAUGUUUCCUUGACUCAGAGCUCGACACGGAUAUCUCUGCCCAAAUCUAAUGGCUUCUCAACAUCCACAGCCAAGUCGCAAGUGGAUGCCCUCGACAAUACCAGGAAUAUCGGAAUCAUUGCACACAUCGAUGCCGGCAAAACGACAACUACGGAGCGCAUGCUCUACUAUAGUGGAUUCACCAGAAGGCUCGGAGAUGUGGACGAGGGUUCUACAGUAACGGACUUUCUUCCCGCUGAGCGAGCGCGAGGCAUCACCAUCCAGUCCGCAGCUGUUACCUUCCAUUGGCCGCCAGAAACAGUCGGGGUAGGAGAUACAGCUUCUCAGCAAACACCAAAUGCCCCAAAAUCUGCGUUCCCACAUACAAUAAAUCUCAUUGAUACACCGGGUCAUGCGGACUUUACGUUUGAGGUCAUGCGGUCUUUGCGUAUUCUGGACGGGGCAGUAUGUAUUCUAGACGGUGUGGCUGGAGUGGAAGCUCAAACUGAGCAAGUGUGGCACCAGGCAAGCACCUAUCGCAUCCCCAGAGUGGUCUACGUCAAUAAACUAGACCGAGAUGGAGCCGCGUUUGGACGGACGGUGCGGGAGGUUGCCUCCCGACUGGAGGGCUGGCCCGCCGUAUGCCAAAUUCCAUGGUUCGAGGGCGGACAGGGCCGUUUUGUCGGUGUCGCAGAUGUUAUCAACUUACAGGGUCUUCGAUGGGAUGAAGGGGACGGCAAGUUGGUGAAAAUGUACAGCCUCGAACAACUGGAUAGCGAGGAAAGUCAGCUAGCACAGGAGCUGCGACGCGCGAGAACAGCCCUCAUUGAGUUGUUGAGCGAGCACGACGAAAUCAUGGUGGAAAAGUUCUUUGAAUGCGAGGAUCAUCUUGCAGUGUCUCCCAGCGAUAUCCGCGACAGCUUGCGCAGGUGCCUUCUGCGGGAACAAGGCAGGAAAAUCAUCCCCGUGUUCGCUGGCGCCAGCUUCCGCAAUAUCGGGGUUCAGCCGCUGCUUGAUUCUGUGGUGAAUCUCCUUCCCAGCCCGCUUGAGACUCUGGAUCCCGAGGUAAGCAUCGGAGGUGUCAAGGGAGGCCUGAGACGGCUACUUUCGGGUGACCUGCUGGUGGAGCAAGGCGAAAAGACCGCCUCUCGCAAAGGGAAGACGAAAAAGAAGUCUGCAGUGCAAGCGGAAUCCCACGGCGCGAUCGAGGGGCUCCAGAGCUGUGCUUUGGCAUUCAAGGUGGUCAACGAUGCCAAACGAGGAGUGUUAGUUUACGUGCGUGUCUAUUCGGGAUCUUUGGAUCGACACAGCUUAUUGUUCAAUACCAACCUGAACGUCUCUGAGCGCGCCUCACGUCUUCUCAAAAUGUAUGCAAACGAUGCCGUCGAGGUGGACUCGAUUCCCGAAGGACAUAUCGGAGUCGUGGUUGGUCUUAAGCAUGCCCGAACUGGGGAUACUCUGGUCACAUAUGGUAGCAACAAGCCUCAACCACCCGAGCCUCUCAACACGCUUCAGCUCCGUCCGAUCAAGGUGCCGCCUCCAGUAUUCUUCGCGAGCGUCGAGCCCCAUAGUCUGGGCGAAGAGAAGCGCUUGCAGGAGUGCUUGACUAUGCUUCUCCGCGAAGACCCAAGUCUCCACGUUACGGUAGACGAGGAUUCAGGUCAGACCCUCAUCAGCGGUAUGGGUGAGCUUCAUCUCGAGAUAGCCCGUGAUCGCCUGCUCAACGACUUCAAGGCCAAAGCUUCCAUGGGCCGCAUCGAGAUUGGAUAUCGAGAGUGUCCACUUGAUCAGUCUGGCCAGGUGACGCGGAUCUUCGACAAGGAGAUCGCAGGACGGAAGGGCAAAGCCGGUUGCAGCGCAAUCGUGGAACCAUACGACCCGGAUAGCUCUCCCCCCAACGACAGAGCAUUAUCCGUUCUCUCGUUCGACGGAAACCAGAUCGUCAUCCUAGCGCCUAAUCUCCAAACUGAGACGAACAAGAAAGGUGUCGAGGAGAGCCCGCUGCUUCCUCCUGGCAUUGACUUGAACACGUUCCGAACCUCUCUUUCCAAUGGAUGUCUCGCGGCUCUCGCCCGCGGACCCCAGUUCAACUUCCCCAUGCACAACACGCGCGUCACCAUCACGCUGGACCCAGCGGAACACAUCUUCGGCAAUGAGACCACCUCCUCUGCCCUAUCCGCCGCCGCUCGACUCGCGACCUCUUCUGCACUGCGCGACCUUUAUUCCAUUUCUGGCACGGCCGGAACCGCCCUCAUGGAACCCGUCAUGAACGUGAUUAUCAGCGUCGACGAGUCCAGUCUCGGUGCCGUCGUCCACGAUAUCUCCUCCUCGCGUGGUGGACAUAUCGUCUCACUUGACGAAGAAGUGCCUCUUCCAGCUACAGAUCUUUCCCUGUCCGCACAAUCGACAGAGGAUAUGCCGGCAAUCGACCCGAGCAAAGUAUACUCGCCACCGGACCCAUUCGAGGCGGCUUCGAUCGGGGAUGAGAUCCCGAUAUCCGCCAAUCGACCGCGGACAAUCACUGCCAAAGUUCCUCUGAAGGAGAUGGUGGGGUACCUCAAGCAUCUGCGCAGUUUGAGUGCGGGUCGCGGCACGUUUGUCAUGAGUGUGGAUCGGUUCGAGAAGAUGAGCACUCCUCGGCAGAGGGCUGUACUUGCAGAACUGAGAGCAGAAUACUAG